UUGACCUUUGACUCCACUCACCGCUCACACAACAAACAACAAACGAUGUUCCGACUCGCUGCCCGUGCUGUCCGCCCCGCUGCUAGGGGUUUCGCUACCUCCGCUGCCGCCGGUGAGAACGAGUUCGUCGCCAAGAGGACUGCCAUCAGGGCUCACGCUGCUGAGACCACUGACCUCUGGCGAAAGAUCUCUUUCUACGUCUGCAUCCCCGGUAUCAUCGUCGGUGGCCUCUGGACUUACAAGAUUGAGGCCGCCCACGCUGAGCACCUUGCUCACAGCGACGAGGACCUUUCCCAGAGGCCCGUCUACCCCUACAUGAACAUGCGAGCCAAGCCUUUCCCUUGGGGUAUGCAGUCCCUCUUCUAUAACCCCAAGGUUAACAUCCCCGCUGGUCCCCCCGAGUAAACAGGUUGUAAAGCUUUGUUUGUUGAUCAGAGGAAUGCAUAUGCUUAAUAAGUAUCUUGCUAAAACGUCAAGAAAUGAACAACGGGCACAGCGUAUAAAAUUGAAGCGACGAUAGCUACCAAAGAUGUAUCUAUUCUCAUUUCAAUGCAAUCCGAUGGGAUGACUAAACUGAAUCUCAUGAGGAAUUAUGUAAACAGCAGACUACACUACAACGCCGUAUACCACGUAACUUCUGCCCUCCUAUUUUCCGGCCCAGUCGCCAAAGAUAAUCGCUGCAAAGCCCUCAAACUCUGACACAGCCAACAUUUCCUCCACCCCGCUAUCUGGCACACUCUCCCAUAUAUUUUUACCCCAUCUACUAACCACUGGUAAACACUCCACCAAUCGCUUCUUUCUUCCUUCUAAUUCAAACCCGCUCUGCGAUUGCGAAGUUGCUUCAAGAGCGUAGCAUUCUUCCUUGAGAC